AUGGCAUCUUUCCAAGAUAAAGUGAUCGCUAUCACCGGUGCAGCCUCUGGAAUGGGGUUGGCCACAGCAAAACUUCUCGCUAGUCGAGGCGCAAUAAUCUCUCUCGCCGAUAUCAACGAGAAGGCCCUGGGGGAGGCUAUCAAGUCCCUCCCAAACAGCGAAAAGCAUAUGACCACGGCUAUCGAUGUGCGCAGCAGCAAAUCAGUGGACUCUUGGAUUCAGUCGACUGUUGAAAAAUUGGGCAAGCUGGACGGUGCUGUGAAUAUGGCCGGAAUUAUCACACCUGCUGCUCCGAUCACAGAGGAGACCGACGAUAAUUGGGAUUUCACAUUCUCUGUGAAUACGCGCGGAGUAUUCUUCUGCCUGAGGGCUGAGUUGAAAGCAAUGAAGGCCGGCGGUAGCAUCGUCUCUGCUGCAAGUGUGUUCGGUCAAAUGGGUGCUCCCGGUGUCUCGGCCUACUGCGCCAGCAAAGCAGCUGUUAUUGGGUUGUCGCAGACUGCUGCAAAGGAGAAUCAAAAUAUUCGAGUCAACUGUGUUUCGCCAGGCUCUGUCAAUACACCCCUCUCCGCUGGCGAAGACCCCGAAGAUGUGAAGCGCGGUUUGCAAAAGACGGCACAGAAGCGACAGGCACAGCCAGAGGAGAUUGCAACUGUGAUCGCAUUCCUUCUCAGUGAGGAGGCAAGCUUUGUGACUGGGGCUGUGUACAAUGUGGAUGGUGGUUGGAUGUGCUGA